AACCUCUAACAUUAAAUGUUUGAUUUAUCACCUAAUACUUGUUAACUUCUUGGUCCCUCUACAUGUAGCUCGUCUUGUUGCAGCUUCCCAAAGAUAUAUACACUCACGAUAUCUAAGCCUCGGCAAGAAAACGUGCUUUAGGGAAGAGAUUAAUGAUAGUACGUAUCUUUGGUUAGUCCCCAAAACACUAUAGUAAAGUUGACAUCUCAUAAUAACAGGACGCCAUAUUAAAUAACUAUACUUCACUAUUUAAGCGCUUACUCUUUAUAUAUUUUUUUAAUUGCACUUACAACUAACUUCUAGAAUCUUAAAUUGGUUAGCAUAAGAUAACUGAAUUGCACUUUAUAAAGUACUUCCAGAUUUGACAUUUUCUGAACUGUGCUAAUUAACGUACUUCUAGAUGUGAUGCUUCUGGUGCAAAUCUCUAAAUAAUUCCAGUUAAGGAAGGUUUAACAGUUUAGUUGAUGUUUUGAGAAUUAAGACGGUUGCUGGUGAUGAACGUUGGUAAACUGUUUUUGUUAGGACUCUUGUUCUUGUUUUUUUUACUGUGUCCCCAUCGCUAACCUAAAAAGGAUUGUAAGAUGGAAUUCAUGGAACAUGUCCACCAAUCUAGUGUCCAGCUUAGAUAAAAACUCCCACAAAUAUAUAACCAAUCACUACUCUGCAAUAGAAUUGAUCGCCGCUACAAAUAUAUUGCUAAUGCAUGCAUAGUGCUUCAGUCCCAUCUCCAGAAUAUUAUACCCUCAACUGGAUAAGAAGUAAUGCAAAUAGCCUUCAUCUAACGACUACGACCGAUUUGGAUGCCUAACCUAUUUAUUAUACUGCAUCCAUCGAUAAGCUAAUAGAAGCAUUCAUAACCGGAAAAUCUCCAACUAGCUUACGCAUUUUGAGCAAUGAAACCACCUCUGAGCAAUAAGUAGGUUUGGCAAUGAAACAAGUGGCAGAAUGAAGCUCCAGUAUCAUGUAUAAAUACUCACAGCCUCCUACAUCUAAGUUCACCAAUUCCCUUACAAUUUGACAAAAUGGCCCCACAGGGUUCAACAAAAACGUUAACUCUCUUUCUAGCAGUGAUCAGCAUCGUCAUCCGCAGCCAAACCGAAGCCCACAGCUUACCCCUUCACUGCCAUUAUCCACCGCCACGGGUGUGUCCACCGUGUCCACUACCACUGCCGCCUCCACCAUGUCCAAAAAUUCCGCCUCCACCAUGUCCUGCACCAGCGAUGAUUCCGCCUCCACCGUGUCCAGCACCAAUGCCUCCUUCACCCUGUCCACGACUCCCACCGCCUCCACCGUGUCCUCAGCCACCGCCUCAGCCACCAACAUCACAACCACCACCUCCUCCAAACACACCACCGCCUACUCCAAACUCCCAACCACCACAGCCUCCAUUAAAGACUCCACCACCUCCUCCAACUACAUCACCACCGCCUCCUCCAAAGACUCCCCCACCGGAAACUCAACCACCACCUCCUCCAAAUUCAGAACCACCAAUGCCUCCACCGCAGACUUCACCACCACCCCCUCCACCAAAGACUCCUCCACCACCACCUCCUCCAAACUCCCAACCACCACCACCUGCUCCAAACUCCCAACCACCAAUGCCUCCACCGCAGACUCCACCACCACCCCCUCCACCAAAGACUCCUCCACCAAAUGUCCAACCACCACCACCCCCGCCUAGCACAUGUCCGAGGAAUGCUGGCCAAAUAAGGGCAUGUUCCAAUGUCCUAAGACGUUCCGGAAAUAUCCUAGACUUUGAAAAUGCGCAGCCAUGUUGUUCACUCAUCCGUGAUCUUUCUGAUGCGGAGGCAGCUGCUUGCAUAUGCAAUUUGGUGAAUGCACGACCCAACACUCUUUCUCCCAAUAUCACUAUCCUUUGUAGGACUUGUGGCCGCAACAUUCCCCGAGGUUUCGCCUGCCCAUGACCAGUUUUUCAUGUCCAAUCCUAACCACCUAAAUACUAAAACAUACUCACCACUUGCGCCACAACUAAAGCAUUUGGCCUUUUCCGUUCUAAUAAUAAUAAUGUAACGAAAAUCAAUAAAGAACUGUUUACUUUUCCA